GCAUCUGGACAGCUGUGCUGAGAAAGUUUGUGGGCCCCUUCCCGGCCUGCCAUCCGCAAGGCACGUCUCCCACGUCGCCUCCUGCUAGCCACUUACUACUUAUUUAUUUUUCCCCAAGAAGCAAUCAGCAAUCCAAACUUGAACCCUUUUCUUCCCGCUACCUCCCCCACCCCAUGCGAGGCGAGGCCACAUCACAUUCAACACAGUUUAAUUUUCAUGAGGCUUUGAGAUCAAAAGAGCAGAAACAGCAACAAAAACCCAGCCGCCGUCUGAUCCGAACUGGCAAAGUGGGAGAAGUGGGGUGCUGAGUGAACAGACCAAGCUGGGUCAUGGGGAGUUUCAAAGGUCAUGCCCUCCCUGGAACCUUCUUCAUUAUCAUGGGCUUUUGGUGGGGUACAAAGAGUAUUCUGAAAUAUGUCUACAAAAAGCAAACUCGGACCUGCUACCUUAGUUCCAAAACCUUAUUACGUCGAGCAGAGAUUUGGGAAGGAGUUGUUUCGAUCUUCAUGGCUCUUACUGGUAUUGUCGGGGAACAGUUUAUCUCAGGCGGACCCUACCUGAUCCUGUAUAAAGACGGCCAGUGGAACCAGCUUCUGGGCUGGCAUCAUACAACCAUGUACUUCUUCUUUGGGCUACAGGGUGCAACCCAUAUCUUAUGUUUCACUACCAAUUUCCUUCCGCUUUCCUUAAGCAAGUUAAUGUUAUCAAAUGCCAUCUUUGUGGAAUCGUUUAUCUUCUACAACCACACUCACGGUCGGGAAAUGUUGGAUGUUUUUGUGCACCAGCUUCUGGUCUUUACCACCAUUUUGACGGGGCUGGUUACCUUCAUGGAAUUCCUCGCAAAGAACAAUGUACUUCUGGAGCUCCUGCGGUCAAGUCUCAUCAUCCUGCAAGGAACCUGGUUCUGGCAGAUUGCUUUUGUCCUGUAUCCCCUCAGUGGAAGCCCUCCAUGGAAUCUGACAGAUAUUGAGAAUAAGAUGUUCCUCACCAUGUGCUUUUCUUGGCAUUAUGCAUCAACCUUUAUCAUCAUCGGAUUAAAUUAUACUUUUAUCACCUGGCUGACAUCUGGGCCUCAUCUUCUUAGGGGCUGGGGAGUCUUCGGCAACAGUACCAGGAUGCAAGGAAAAACUCUACUUCGUGUCCGCUCCCCUCCAGAGCCAGCAGAUGACUACUGUCUCUUCAUGUUUCAAAAGCCUUCAGAUGCCUAAUACAUGGCUUGUCCACUAACAGGUUAGUAAAAUCUAGACUUAAGAAGGUGUGCACCUCGGAAGUUGGGCUCCUGAAAAACGCCGAACGUGAACACGAGUCAGAGGAAGAAGUGUGAUUUUGAGGGGCAUCUGUUCUUUCCAGACAAGCCUCCUCUUUUUGCACUGCCUUUGCUGAUGGCUUUGUCUCUUGACCUUUGAAGAACAGCUGUCUGAGGCUGACUCUAUGUUGUUUGUAUUUCUAGUUUUGUUAAAGUGUUGCACUUUUAAUGUCUCACUUUCUUACCGCUUUAAAAGUACCUUGGGUGAUAAAUUCACUUUGCAUAUUGUGCAUGACGUGAUAUUCAGAAGCAAUAAGUUUUCCAAAGUCAUGUAUGGUUUCAUCCAUGUCUGUACUGUGAAAACUAUUUGUUUUAUUUCCCUGAUAGAUACCAUCACGAUUCAUGACCUUGGCAUCACUUGUAAUUCAUUCAAUGUUGAAUUUUACUUGUUUAUCUUGUUGCCACAAUGAAAAAUAAAUGAAUGCAUGCACCUCUGUGCAAAAACCUCAA